AAAGUGAGAUUAAGCCAUUUCAUAAACAAAAGCAAAAAAUUAAAAUUAAAUUAAAUAAUACCUGUUUUUUCUUCGGAGUCAACAUCAGAUUUUCCACAAUAAAAAAACACCAGCCAUCAUUUAAGACCUCCAACUUCCAAGCACCACCACCACCUUCCUCCACCGCCGGCGGCCAACCAAUGGCUUCAUCUCCAUCAAAAUCCCAUUUCUCUCUCCUAUGUUUCUUCACAUUAAUAUUCCUUGUUCAAUCAACACCACCAACUCUUCUCCCUUCUGAUUUUAAUGCCCUUCUGCAAAUACACAAAGAACUCCGUAUCUGCCGUACUCCGGGCAGGAAUCCAUGUGGUUCCGCCGGAAUAUUCUGCGAACGGAGAUUAGUCAACAAUACUCACGUUCUCAGAAUCACCCGUCUAGUCUUCGAAUCUCGACGCCUUAAGGGCAGACUUGCUCCGGCCAUCGGCAAGCUAUCCGAGCUCAAAGAACUUUCCUUAACUGCCAACCAACUGUUCGACGAAAUGCCUCAUCAAAUUUCCGACUGCAAGAAACUCGAGCUCCUUAACCUCGGAAACAACCGAUUUUCCGGCGAAGUCUCACCGGAGCUAUCGUCGUUAAUCCGUCUCCGAGUUCUUGAUUUGUCUUCGAACAGAUUUACAGGGAAAUUGAAGUUCUUGAAACACUUCCCCAACCUGGAAAAACUCAACCUCGCCGACAAUAUGUUCGCCGGAAAAGUGCCGGUACCGUUGAAAUCCUUCCGGAAUCUCAGAUUCGUCAACAUCUCCGGCAACAGUUUGCUCGAAGAUUCUCCACCAGAUCAGUACUAUUCAUCCUCAGAAGCCAAUGAAAAACAAAGCAUCCCAAAACGUUACUUUUUCGCCGAAACAAACCAAUCCACCGUCGCCAUGCCACCAGCCUCUAACGCGGCGGCAGCAGCACCAUCUCCGGCGAAAGCACCACCACUCCUCCCCAAGCACAAAAACAACAACAAAAGGAAACUCAUCGCCUGGAUCCUCGGAUUCGUUGCCGGAGCAUUCGCCGGCAUUUUAUCCGGAAUAAUAUUCAGCUUCGUCUACAAACUAAUGAAGUUCUUAAUCGAAGGUCCGAACAAAGACACAAGCUUGCAAAUCUUCAGCCCUCUUAUUAUCAAAAAAGCCGAAGAUUUAGCAUUCCUCGAAAAGGAAGACGGAUUAGCACCGUAUCAAAUCAUCGGCAAAGGCGGAUGCGGCGAAGUAUAUAAAGCAGUUUUACAAAGCAACGGUAUAGAAAUCGCGAUCAAGAAAAUAAUCCAACUCCCGACCGAUGGAGAUGAUCUCACCGAAGAAGACAGCAAGCUCUUGACCAAGAAAAUGCGUCAAAUCAAAUCCGAAAUCAAAACGGUCGGCCAAAUUCGGCAUCGCAACUUGCUUUCUCUACUAGCCCAUCUCCCGCGCCCCGAUUGCCACUAUCUCGUCUACGAGUUCAUGAAAAACGGUAGUUUGCAAGAUUGUCUACAACAAGUGGUAGAAGGUACACGAGAACUGGAUUGGCUAGCGCGGUACAAGAUCGCACAAGGGAUCGCUUCGGGGCUCGAAUAUCUCCACAUGAGCCACACGCCGCGGAUAAUUCACAGGGACCUGAAACCGGCCAACAUCCUAUUGGACGAUGAAAUGGAGGCAAGAAUCGCGGAUUUCGGACUCGCGAAAGCGAUACCUGAUUCUCACACGCACGUGACGACCUCGCACGUGGCGGGGACGCUUGGGUACAUCGCACCGGAGUAUCACCAGACGCUUAAGUUCACGGACAAGUGCGAUAUGUACAGCUUCGGCGUGGUGCUUGGUUCGUUGAUGAUAGGGAAGUUGCCCUCGGACCAGUUUUUCCAGCACACGGAGGAGGUGAGUUUGGUGAAGUGGAUGAGGAACGUGAUGAAAUCCGAGGAACCGAGGAGGGCGAUCGAUGCGAAUUUGUUGGGGAAUGGGUUCGAGGAGGAUAUGCUGUUGGUGCUUAAGGUUGCGUGUUUUUGCACAUUGGAUAAUCCGAAGGAGAGGCCGAAUAGUAAGGAGGCUCGGCUCAUGCUAGCGCAGAUUAAACACUAGUUUUUAGUUGUGUGUAGAAGAAUUCAGAGGGGUUCUUUGUGUUGUUUUUCAAUUAAGAAUGUGCGUACUUGACUGUAAAAAAAUGAUGUUUAAAGCAUUUGAAUUGUAAUAAAAUUAUUUGUAAUGGUUUUUUUAGCAUAUUGUUUGGUUUACAAU